AUGGAGAAUCACUGUGUUGGAGAAAGUCCAUUCUUUGCCAAAACUCGAGGGGUCCUAGUACCUGUGAAAGACAAUGAGAGUCACACACAGCAUUAUCCAGGUAAUUUGGACGGAAAACUGGCUCAGGAUUUCAGAUGCAAUUUAGCCAGAGAAAGGGAACAGGACAAGACUAAAGAUCAAAAGGAGCAGGACAUACCAUUUCAGGAUGUUUAUGCGAACAUCCAAACCAAGACCGUACAAAUGACUGAACGCAAUGCCUUCGGGGGAACAUAUCACACCACAGUGCUGCUGAAGAAAGAUGAUGACUAUCGAGUGGUGGGCUACAGCGGGGGCGAGUUAGUGGCUGUCGGCUCCAGAGAGAGAGUGGUGCGUUUGAUGGACGUCUCCAGCUCCAAGGAAGUGGGUCCCCUGAUCCGAGGGCACGCUGGCAGCAUCCGGGCUCUGCUUCUCUGCGAAGAGAGAAACCUGCUGAUCACUGCCAGCUAUGAUCUCAGCAUCAGGUGUUGGAAUUUGAAAACAGGAGCAUCCAUGAUGGUGCUGCGUGGCCACAUGGACACAAUUAACUGCCUGGACUUGCAUGCCAACACACUUGUCUCAGGAGCUAAUGACUGUAAAGUCAAAGUAUGGGAUCUUGCAACAGGGAAGUGCUUUGAAAAUCUGAGGUUCAAACAUCACAGCCCAGUCUGGUGUGUUAAAACUGACGCAACACUGUUACUGAGCAGCUGUGCCAAAGGCCUGGUCAAGAUGUGGGACACCAAGACUGCUUCGUUGCUGAAAGUUAUUAAUGCCCACCAGAGUGCAGUGAAGUGCCUGUUCUUUGAUAGCUAUCAUAUUGUGACAGGGGACUCUGAUGGCAAGGUCAUGGCAUGGAGCACCAACGUUAACGUCAAAGGCUGCCUAAUGACCUUCCACCACCCAAGGGAGGUGCGCUCAGUGAUGCUCAGUGACCUCUGUGUGAUCACUGGCUGUAUGGAUGAAAGGAUCCGCAUCUUCAGCUUCCUCAGAGGUCACUGUGUGACAGCUAUCAAUGUAGAAAGUCCCAUCUUGUCCAUUCACAUUGAUAAAAACAGGAUGAUGGUGAACACUCGAGCCAGUGUCCUGCUCUACCAGUUUGACUUGCUUGCAAACUGGGACACCUCUCUGACCAACGAGCCUACAUCCCAGGAGGAGAAAGGCCAAACUGGAACACCAAAGUUUAACCACAUGGCACAGGCAGGUCCAUCCAUCCUAAAGGUCUGCUGCAGAAAAGUUAAGAAACCAAAGAAGAGAGCAAAUACGCCCCAUCAUGUUGGCCCCUUGUCAGCCAUCACUGCAUUGCCAGCCCAAGCUGGAAAAUACUAUGUGACCACCAAGGUAGAGAUGACACACAGUGACAGAGCAGUGCAGGAGCGACUGUUGAAGAAUAAGGCUCUGCCACCUGAAGCCUCUCUCCUCAAGAGUUUCUCUCAGGCUCCUCAACCUCCAGCUACCCAGGACAAGCACCUAAAGCAGCCACUGUUUGGUUCCAUAAAGAAAAAGUCAGAGACCCCAAAACUUCCAGCCCUCCAAGACAAAUAUUCAAUGACCCCUGCCUCUUUACUGCAAAAGCAGUGCUACAAGACACAGGAGUUUCCAUCAAUGAAUGAAAAGCUCUCAGCAGCUCAGCAGGUCCUCUCUGAAAAUACCAAGUCCCAUGUACCACUUUUGUCCAAAUCUGUGGAUCUCAACUUGAGACCAUCCCUCAUUAACAGAGGUGUACUUUCCACCAGUCACCCGUCUACUUUGAUGCAGCUUGCAGCCAGGGAUAACUACAAAAAUUACCCAGCCUGUUCCACGGGAAAACUACUGCCAUUUCGGAAAGUAGGCCCAUUAACCACAACUGCUAUGGUGGAACCACAGGCACCUGAACGCAUGUUCAUGAAAGCAUUAUGUAAGCACCCAGGGCGGCAUGUGCGCUUUGCCAUGCCCAGUCCACCUGCAGCCCAGGACAGUGACACGGAAAUACUCAGGGAACAAACAGACUUCUGGCUCCUGACAGACACACAGCUGAAGGAAUAUGUCAGAGUUUUGAGUAGCAGCAGCUCCGACAGACAGGACAAGAGAUCUAAGACAGCAGAAAAUAGACAACGGAUCAGGAGGAUGAAGCUCAAAGGUUUGCUGACUGGUGAUUACACCAAAAAGGACCAGGUGUGUACUCCUGAAUGGGGACAUGACACCUACAUCUGA